AUGUCUGAGGUACCAAAUACAACAAGUGAUGGAGGUGAAAAUGCUGGUGCUCAGGAAUAUAUUAAACUUAAAGUAGUCGGCCAAGACUCUAACGAAGUACACUUCCGCGUUAAGUACGGAACUUCCAUGGGAAAAUUGAAAAAAUCUUAUGCCGACAGAACAGGAGUGAAUGUGUCAUCCCUGAGAUUCCUUUUUGAUGGUCGUCGUAUUAACGAUACCGAUACUCCCAAGACUUUAGAAAUGGAAGAAGAUGAUGUUAUUGAAGUUUAUCAAGAACAGUUGGGAGGAAGCUUCUAA